AAAUUUCAAAAAGACGGGGCAUUCCUGUAAUUAUUGAUUUAUAUAAACCCAACUCCUCUUCAUCCCUCGCUUUCAGAAAAUCUCUUCCUGCAACACCAUGUUGAAAAGACUACCAUUUUUCUCCCUUUCUUUCGUUCAUAUUCCAUUCAUGUCUUCCUCCAUUUCCUCUCUAUCUUCUUCCUGCAGAGGAACUCUAUUCUCUCUCCCAGCUUCAAAACCACCUCGCCCGAAGAAAAUACCCUUCACCUUCUCUGCCCACAGGAAGACGUGGGAAGAUCCCUACCGUUGGAUGUCCAACACCAACGAUCCAGAUCUCUCGGAUUACCUAAACAAGGAGAAUUCCUAUGCUGAGGCCUUCAUGGCCGACACCAGCGAUCUCCGGAGGGGAUUAUUUCAAGAAAUGAAAAGCCGAAUGCCGCCGAAAAUAUGUACUCCUCCAGAGCGCUGGGGACCAUGGCUGUAUUAUCAGUAUAUCCCUGAGGGGAAAGAAUAUCCUGUUUUGUGCCGGAGAUUGGGGAGUGAUGAUGGUUUGGCUAGAAAGCUCUUCUGUUAUUUGAGAGGCUUUGGAAAGGAGGAAGUGUUGCUUGAUUGGAAUGAAAUUGCGGAACAGUUUGGCUAUGUUCAUAUUGGCACAUGCCGUGUUUCUCCUGAUCACAAAUUCCUUGCAUAUACACUGGAUACUACUGGCGGUGAAUUGUUUUCUGUCCAAAUUAAGGACCUUACAACUGGACGCGUUCUUCCAAAAUCAGGAGUUGAAGGUGUUGUUAGCUUGGCAUGGGCAAAGGAUAGUAGUAAUUUGUUAUAUACAGUUUCUGAUGAUACCCAACGGCCUUACAGGGUUCUCUGCACUAAACUUGGAUCAGAUACGACAGAUUAUCUGCUAUACACUGAAAAGGAUUUGGGUUGCUGUGUGGACAUCACAAGCACAAAGGAUGGCAAAUUUAUAACAGUUAAUUCUAACUCAAGGACUUCAUCUGAGGUUUAUGUGAUAGAUGCAACCAAGCCCCAAGAUGAAUUGCAAUGCGUGCGAAAGCGUGUGCCUGGUGUACAGUAUUUCUUGGAACACCACCAUGGUUUCUUCUAUAUUCUUACCAAUGCUCCUUUGGAGGGAACAUAUCCUGUUGCAGGAGACUAUCAUUUAGUUAGAUGCAGUGCGGAAAAGUUACCAGUGGCCAAGUGGCAGGAUAUAAUUCUACCAGGUCAAGAUGUCAUCUUUGAAGAUAUGGAUGUAUUCAAUGGGCAUUUGGUGCUUUUUCUUCAGAGAAAGGGGUCUCCUAUGAUUUGUUCUGUUAAUAUGCCUAUUGCUGUUGAUUUCGUGCAGCCCAUGAACGUUGAGGAUCUCAAUCCAUGGUUUUUCCCGCUACCUGCAGGCUCAUGUAGUAUCGUUCCAGGUUCAAAUCAUGACUUCAUGACCAACAUUUACCGAGUGGUGGUAUCAUCUCUAGUGGUGCCAGAUAUGGUAGUUGAUUAUGACAUGUUGAAGCAGACAUUCACUGUCGUGCAUCAAGAAGAGGUUGUGGGGGCCACUAGCAAUAUUGGACGUACGGAUCUUUCAGACAUGCAAACCCACCACAACAAGCAUGAGAACACAGAAAGAUUUCAAAGCUGGAGCAAUCUUUCUGAAGCAUUUGCUUGCGAAAGAAGAGAAGUUCCAUCCCACGAUGGCAUCAAAAUCCCUUUGACCAUUUUGUACUCUCGAAAAAUACAACAGAAUGGUCAAUCUCCAGGGCUUUUACAUGGAUAUGGAGCUUAUGGAGAAGUUCUAGACAAAAGCUGGCAUGCAGAUCUUAUAAGUUUACUUGAUCGGGGUUGGGUUGUAGCAUAUGCUGAUGUCAGGGGUGGUGGAGGUGGGGGCAUGUCAUGGCAUCAUGCAGGAACUGGAUCAAGGAAGCUAAAUUCUAUACAUGAUUUUAUUGCAUGUGGCACUUACCUGAUUAAUGAGGGAUACAUUCAUGAAAGUCAGCUUUGUGCUAUUGGGCAUAGUGCUGGAGGUCUUCUUGUAGGUGCAGCUAUCAAUAAGUAUCCAUAUCUAUUCCAUGCUGCCAUUUUGAAGGUUCCGUUCCUUGACAUCUGCAAUACAUUGUUGGAUCCCAGUUUGCCUCUCACCAUUCUGGACUACGAAGAAUUUGGCGACCCCAGAAAUCAAGCCGAGUUUGAGUCUAUUCGUAGUUAUUCUCCUUGCGAUAAUAUCCCCGCAGGAGUUUGCUAUCCUUCAAUGCUGGUUACGGCAUCAUUUCAUGACUCGAGGGUAGGAGUUUGGGAAGCGGCUAAGUGGGUAGCUAAAGUGCGGGAGAUAACGUGUCCCAGCUGUUCUCGUUCGCUAAUCCUGAAGACGAACAUGAGUGGAGGACAUUUUGGUGAGGGUGGAUGUUUUCGGCAAUGUGAGGAGGUGGCUUUUGAGUAUGCCUUUUUGAUCAAGUCGAUAGGGAUGCUUAAUGGGAAACAAGAUGAAGCAUCCUAAAGAGCACAUGGCUUUGUUCAUCUAAUCAAGGGUGUGGAGAGAGAGGGAGGGAGGGUAAUUUAAUCAACUGAGAUCUGAGUCAUUUUUUUGGGGAAACAACAAAAAGUUGCACAUCACUCCAUGUAAGGAAAACAAUCAUGUACUUCUCAUUCUAUUAGCAAUUGUCUUUUUUAUACCAUUCUGUUUCUCCUUCAUAUAAAACAGAAGUAUAUACACUUGCAAUCUCUCGCUCUCAACCGGAAUGAUGUGCUCAUCAUGUACAAGAAAGAGCUUCUGGUGCAUCAUCGAUCACAAACAUUGGUACUAGUACACAAAGCAUUUGGGUUUUCCUAUCUACCUCUCCUCUCUGCUAUAUCUCGAGGGCUACUCCCAUAAGAUCUUCCGGCAUGAUGCUCCUCAGGUGCUGGGCAUGGUUUUCUAAUCGGUGUUGAUGAGGGAGGUAAGCAUUUUUCCAUGUUCUGAGACUGAAAGUGGAUUUGAUUGUAUGAAUCUUCUAGGAUGUCUCUUUUUGAUCCAUCACUUGCAUUUUGGAAGAUUCAUCCUGUGAGUGUGGUGAAAGAGUGAAAUGGAGCUUUUAAACUGUACUGAUUAUGUAGUAAUUUAAAAGGCAUUUGUUGGUUGGGUCA